AUGCGCACGGACCCCAAGAAGGUCGCCGCCAUACUCGGCGAGGAGCGCCUGGAGCUGCUUUACCUCGGUACCGAGCACCUAGCCGGCGAUUCCAGCGCUGCUGUGAGACGAGAGGUGCAGUCUGCGCAUACGGGAUUCGGGGAGCGCGAUGUGGUUGCGGAUGGGAUAUACCGUAACCUGCAACACAUUUUAAGGAGCUUGAAGGAGAAACGGGAUAUAUCCCCCGGACACCUAGCUGCGGAACUGCGCGAUACGCAGUCGGCAUAUAACGGCCUGGACCCAAUACAUCGCAAUUAUAUCAACGGAUGUGCUGGAGUGGACGACGGCGUUGCGACGGACUCCACCAGCGGAGGAAACGACACUGUAGACAGGUCACUGAAAGGGUCUGUUGACGUUAUUCUGGUACCACUGUUGCGGCUGCUGAUGCGCACAGGCAGAUUUGUGAGCACUUCCUGCUGUUCCGGCCGCGUGGCCAUAUUCGAGUGCAACGCCGAGCAUGCCACGGCGGCGACGAAAAGUGCUUCCGACUUCGGACGGGCAGGAAGGUUUCUCUACACGUCGCACUGCCACCUUGACCAUAAGGAAGCGCUAUCAGCGGCUAGCGCGGUGAACGCGGAUGUGAAAUGCAAGCGAGAUUGCUAUCACAAGGAACCCUCGACAUACAGCGCAAAUGAGGAACCCAAACCCGCUGCCGAAGCAACUUCUUUAGACGGCAGCGCUAGACACCCCUGUGAAGUUGUGUUGAAGUUUGAGGCGUUCGUUCUACAUGUCGAAUGCGCUUCUAUGCAAGACGCAACAACGCUUCUGCAGUUGGUGCGGGGAUGCGGUCUCAAAAAAUCAGGGAUCAUAACGUGCACGAAGCGGGUAAUAGUAUCCAUAACUGGAUCUAAUAUACUAGAAACUCCGAUAGCCAUCCGCCAUUACAUUCGAGGAAAUUAUGGAGCAUCGACAGAAUCGGGUGUUGCCAGCGAUGGAGUCCACGGGCCGAAUACACCACUUGGCGCAACCUUCCAGGCACCGUCUAAUGAUAUCGGCACCAAUGAGCGUGUCGAGACGCAAUGGCUAGUUAGUCAGGACCAGUUCAUGUACCUUUUGGCUACCUGUAACAGAAAGCUGACGGGCAGCAUUCGCCAGAUGCUGAGGCUGUAUUGGUCUUGUGUAAACCAUUUCGGGAUUGACAUUUUGCAGCCAUUUUCAAUUCGCAAUAAGGAUUUUGCCAGUGGUGGUAUGAAAGACAAAUCGAAAUCAGGGCAACGAGGCUGUGCUACGGAAAAAGACAGUCGACGUCCGAGGGUGCACAAAAAUGUGCCACAUACGGCCACCCCCACUCGGUUAGCUAAACGGGAAGAAUAUGGCUUAUGUAACGCACCAGCAAUAUCGGCUUAUCCGGCAACUAAAAGUAGUUUGUUGGGAAACGCACCGAAGGAAGGGGUGACGGAGGAUCCUUCGUACAUUUGCACGUGGUAUUCGCAAUCUUCGGAUGCACCCGCCUAUGAACAUGAUCCGUCCAUACGGCCAUACAUAGCUGUCAAGGCCGCGCAAUACAUAAAGCCCCUGAAGACUCGACUGGAGCAGCAUCGACUAUACGACAAGACGCGUAAAAUCGUUACCAAUCUUUCGGUAUCGGUUGUGGGCAUAAAUGCAGCUUCGGACAACGCCACCAGCCAAGAUUUGGACCCGCCAACGCAUGAAAGUAAUUGCGUCUCUGCCUCUCAUGACGUGCCGAAGGAAGCGUCUGUCGCGGCAUUUAUACCCAUUGUUGCGGUAAAGGACGACAAGCUCAAAUCACUGUUCGAUCAAUCAGACCCACUCGUUGAUUUCGUAUUCACCGUAAAUGGUGCAAUGCAAUGCAGAUUAACGGCGACUGAAGCUGCAACUGCUGACAACUAA